AUGUCGGGUACAGGCUCCAAGCGGAGUCAGGCGGCCACCGACCUAACUCCAGACAGGUCCAAAAAAAAGUACCAAGUUAUCGGGGACAGUUCGGAUGCAGAUUUGGUGAUCGAGGAGGCGGCGGAGGUAUCCAACACGGAUGGGGCUCCACCGUAUUUCAAGAACUUCGAGGAACGCCUGGACAGGAAGUUCGAGAGGAUCGAAAACCAGUUCAGCCAAAUGAGGAAAAUGAUCAAGGAUGUGAAGAAGAUGGCGAAGGAGGUGGCGGAGGAGACGAAGGAGAAGUGCGACGACAUUGAAAACGAUUUGACAAACCUACGGGAAGAUUUUGAAGGUUUGUAUGUAACGAAAGAGGAGAUGCAGCAUACUAUGGAGAUUAUCGUGGCAGCGGAGGUCAGGGAGGUUUUGGAGAAAAUGCGGGAGGAGGGCACGGAUUUUGACAACAAGAAGGGUAAGGACGAGAAACAGGAUGAGGAGGAUGGGAGCGACGAGGACGAAAACAGGGAGCUUCAGGUCAUCGUCGGGGGGUUCAAGGAGGAGACAGAGGAGGACGAGAUUGUACAGGCGAUCGAAGGUUUCCUGUCUGAUGGGGCCCGCCGGCACAAGGUACGCAAAGUGUUCACCUUCAGCAAUCCAGCUCGUGUGGGCGUGAUUGAAUUCGACACGGUUACCUCCAAGACCGGCUUCUACAAUAAUAUCCGCAACGUAAGCAAGAAGGUGUCCGACGACACGACG